AGCAAAAACAAUUUCAUUCGAAUAACUGCGUUUAAAAAGCAAAUAAAUUGAAUUCGCGCCAGUUCGAUUAUUUAUUUAAUUAGAAACACUUAAAUAUUUAAAAGAGAACAUAUAAAGCAUUUCUUAAAAAUGGCAAAUAUUUGGCAUGAUAAGCGCACCUUUGUGGACGAGAACAAAUUUGCAUCAGCAAAAAUGCAGCAGGCGCAUCUAAGGGUACAUUCUGUAAAAAAGAAGCAAGUUUUUGGCGAACUAAAAAAUGUAAUUCAUAAUCAAUUCGGAAUUACUCCGUUAAAAGGUGGCUUAAAAGAAAACCAGUUGGAUACACACAAAGACAAUAUUGCCAAGAAACGUAUAUGUGUACAAAAUGAAGUUAAGAAAAUGUCGUUAGACCCUAUUGAACUAUUCGAUCUUUUUGAUUUCCCAAAAUCUUGCUGUACAAACAGUUGCAGCAAAAGUGCGGCAGAGAUAUGGUCAGAAUAUAAUGGUAUUGAUGAAGUUGCUUUAUUGAAGGCAAUGGAGAAAGUAAGAAACGGCGGACCCAUUAGAGAUCUUGAUGAAGAGUCGAAUAGCGAUGCCGAGGAUUUUUAUGAGUCUGAAGAGGAUCUCGACAAAUCGCUUGCGAAGUACGAUAAACCUUACUUGUAUGUGGAAGAUUAUGGCAAUGAUGAUUUCACCUCGUGCGCUGUAGAACUUCCAAAAUUUGAUUUUUGUAAUGAUUUACUUUUACAAUGUUAAUUUAUUAAUAUAUUUGAUGACAAAUCAAUAAUUCAGCAUAUAUUUCUAAUGUAUUUUAUUCGUUAUAUGUAUUCAUGUAAACUAGUGGUUAAAAUAAAUUAUUUGUAGUUCUGUAAAUAAAUAAAUACCAACAUAUAGCAAAUGUGCGUUAAUAUAUAAUAUUUGUAGUUUUGGUUUUGAUAAGUUACUGAUUGUAAAAGAUUCAAUAUAAGGAAGAAAAUAAGUUUAUGAACUGUUUAUAAAUUUCCAAAUCUAGCUACCUAUUAUUACGAAUAAAAUAUACAAUUUAUUUUUAGGUGUUGUAGUGAUUAAUUUCAAAUGUGAUUCGUUAAUGUUUACUAUUACUUUAAGUUCUGUGAAAUGUUGUGUUUUUCAAUUGUCUUUCAUACACCCACAUUGAACCAAUAGAGAUAAGCUAACGUCUUAUCAAGCAAAUUUAUGUUGUAUGCUUGUAUUAAUUCAAUACUACUAACAUUUGAAGAAAAUUUACAUAAGAAGUUGUUUUGAAAAUAUUGAAGCGUAAAUAUUCGUGGUUUUACGUAUGCGCUAGUUUUUAUUAGACAAAAAAUUGGUAUGUAAUAUAAAGUGUUAUCUCGACAUAAUCCCGCUUAUUACGACUGUUAUGGUUUUAUAGACUUUUUCGUUAAAAGUACGAUAUUAUUGAAAUUAUUUUAAGAGCGUUAAAACACAGCAACAUUUAAAACAGCAAACCAAUACAAGUUAACUAAUGAAAAA